AGAGCAUGAAAAAUUAUAGAUUUUUUAUAUUAUUAUUACAAAAGUUUAACCCACUUUGUAAAGAGUACGCAACAAUUUUAACAAUUUAUUUGUCUUCAAUGGUUUGUGCGGUAUCUUUUUGUGUACAGUACUUUGAAAAUUCGAGUGCAGUGUGUAAGUAAUGGAAACUUAGAGAGAUAACUGCUACUGCGUUCCUAAAAAAUUCCCUUGUUAUCGCAUUUCUAAACAUAUAUAUUGCGGUACACUCGAAUGUUGUUUUCAAAACUCUGCUAAGGAGAUGUAUGUGCUUUUGGUAUUUUGCGUGCUUGGCGUAACCUCGGCGUUGGAAAAUGGACUGGCUUUGACUCCGCCUAUGGGAUGGUUGACAUGGCAACGCUUUAGAUGCAUCACAGACUGCAAGAUGUAUCCGGAUGAAUGUAUAAGCGAAGCUUUAAUAAGGCGUACAGCGGAUAAAAUGGUGAGCGACGGCUAUCUGGCCGCGGGGUAUAAUUACGUCGGCAUAGAUGAUUGUUGGAUGGAGAAAGAUCGUGAUAAGGAUGGCAGACUGGUGCCGGAUGCUACACGUUUCCCUAAUGGCAUGAAGGCAAUUGGUGAUUAUCUUCAUUCAAAAGGCUUGAAGUUCUUUCUAUAUCAAGACUAUGGAAACAAGACAUGUGCGGGCUACCCGGGCGUGUUAGGCCAUGAAAAGACCGACGUGGACUCAUUUGUAGGAUGGGGAGUGGAUUAUAUAAAAUUGGAUGGGUGUAAUGUCGAACUGUCAAAAAUGGAUACAGGAUAUCCUGAAUUUGGUAGAAUAAUGAAUGAAAGUGGCCGACCAAUGGUAUACUCCUGCAGUUGGCCUGCGUAUCAAGACAAACCCGACUACAAGUCGAUUAAAGAACAUUGCAAUCUGUGGAGGAACACUGAUGAUAUACAGGACUCCUGGGCUUCUCUCACCAGUAUCAUGGACUGGUUUGCGGAAAGACCUGAACUGGUGGAAUUUGCAGGGCCUGGGCAUUGGAAUGACCCUGAUAUGCUUUUAAUCGGCAACUACGGCCUGUCUGUGGACCAGGCAAGGGUGCAGAUGGCAGUCUGGUCGAUCAUGGCAGCACCUCUGAUGAUGAGCGUCGAUCUGAAUUCUAUCAAAGACGAGUUCAAGAAUAUUCUACUUAAUGAUGGAGUUAUUGCAGUUGAUCAGGAUGAAAUGGGAAAACAGGGUAUGCGGGUGUGGAAUAAGUCUAAAUGCGAGAUUUGGAGUCGUGAAUUGUCAAAUGGUUACGCUGUGGCGUUUGUGAGCAGACGCGACGAUGGCGCCCCCUACACUGUAGCCGCUACAUUUGAUGAUAUGCGGGUACCCGCACAGAACUACCAUGUGGAGGAGCUUUUUGACCAAGAAGCUUCACGGUCUUACGGAACAAAGGACAAAAAAUUCACAUCUAGAAUUAAUCCUUCGGGCGUCAAGUUUUACAAGUUUACACCAAUGAAAUUGAAUGAAAUAAAAGUCACCAGAAUAACCAAUCGUCAAUGAAAUUAAUUAUUAAGUACUUAUUAAAUAAUAUGAUUUGA